GCGCUCGAGACUCGAGGCUCGACCCUUUCACUGCCUCCACUCCAGUUACAGCGUGGUUUCACCACCACGUCUCGUAGAGGAUUAGACGAGUAAAACAGCGGGCGUACGGACGGCCAGCGAUGGCGGUGCUCCCGCCGCCGGUGAGGGUUGCGGCUGCGGCUGCCGCCACCACGUUCGGGCUCUCGACGUCGCCGGCGGCGGCGACGCCAGCUGGUUGCCGUCGUUGUGGUCCUAGAGGCCGCGCUGCCGUGCACGUGGCCAUCAGCGCGAGCGGGCGGGCUUCUUUCUCGCGCGGUGCGGCUGGUGAUGGCGGCGGCGGCCGACCGGCCAUCACCGUCGCCGGUGACCCGCCCACGUUCGUCACCGCGCCCGGCCGCCGCAUCGUCGCCGUCGGUGACCUCCACGGUGAUCUAAACCAAACGAGGGCGGCGCUAGUGAUGGCUGGUCUCCUGAGCUCGGAAUCGGAUGGCCAUGUAUGGACAGGAGGGCAGACGGUGCUGGUUCAAGUUGGAGAUAUCCUUGACCGUGGCGAAGAUGAAAUCGCGAUACUAUCUCUCUUAAGUUCACUGAAUAUGCAGGCGAAAUCUCAAGGGGGUGCUGUGUUUCAGGUUAAUGGAAAUCACGAAACCAUAAAUGUGGAAGGCGAUUAUCGGUAUGUAGAUCCAGGAGCAUUUGACGAGUGCAUACGCUUCAUGGAGUAUUUGGAUGAAUGUGAUGGCAACUGGGAUGAUGCUUUUCUCAACUGGGUUAAUGUUUGUGAAAGAUGGAAGGAAGAAUAUCCAAUGUCACCUAAUGGUGACUGGCGUCCUUGGAACUUUGUCAAGAAGCAGAAAGGUAUUGCUGCUAGAUCAUCACUUUUCAAGCGAGGUGGCCCGUUAGCUUGUGAAUUGGCGCGACAUCCUGUUGUGCUAAGUGUUAAUGACUGGAUCUUUUGCCACGGCGGCCUUCUUCCUCAUCAUGUCGAAUAUGGUAUCGAGCGUAUGAACAGAGAAGUUUCGGUUUGGAUGAAAAGUUCAAGUGGAGACAGUGAUGAUGAAUUAGAUAUCCCCUUCAUAGCAACUAGAGGUUAUGACAGUGUAGUAUGGAGUCGUUUGUACUCACAAGGCCCUACGGAAAUGACGCGUCAUUCCUGGAAGCUAUCUUCUGUGGUUGCUGAACGAACACUGAAAUCUGUGGGAGCAAAAGGGAUGGUUGUAGGGCACACACCCCAGACUCGUGGAGUGAAUUGCAAAUGCGAUGGCAAGGUUUGGUGUGUUGAUGUGGGCAUGUCUUAUGGUGUUCUCUAUUCAAGGCCAGAGGUCCUAGAAAUAAUCAAUGACAGACCAAGGGUUUUGAAGAAUCGGAGGGACUCAUACGACGAGAUGGAAGUUUUAGACUUCAUAUAAAACCUUAAGAAACCUGCAUGUGCAGGCAUGUAUAGGAAAAAUUCUUUUUCUGGAAAGCUACUGUACUGGACAAUUUUGGAUGGACAUACAGGAGUGGAAGUACUAGAGGGACAGAUGACUUGUAUACACAAAUGGGAAUUGAUCUGCCUUCCUCCAUGUUAUUUUCUGACAGAACAUCCAGAAAGAAAUACCCAUGCUAGCUUCUGUAGACUGUAGAAAACUGCCAUUGAGUACUUGCACGCAAGGAAGCUGAAGGUCAGAAGCUUAUCUCAACAAAUUGGUGGUGCUUGUCUAUACCAGCAUACAAAUUUCCCCAUGAGGAAUUUCUCAUGGCCCUCGUCAAGUCUAACUCAAGAGUCCAGACAUGGCAGGAAUUAUUAAAGCAGUGUAAUUAACUGGGGAAGGCAUGUAUAACUGAUUAAUUGUAUAUUCAUAGCAUUCUCAUACAUCUGUAGAAAACAUGUGCUAUUUCCUUUAUGGUGGCCAUAGCACACCCAGACUUGUAGCAUUCAAACAAACAGACCUUGUGAAGCAUCGGUAGCAUUAUUUCAUCUCUAGCAUACAGCACAAAAAUUCAACAGAGAUACAUUUGACAAAUGAAUACACUUUGAAACCA